CGGUGCUGCUGGGAAAGCUGCUGGUCGUUUUUACUCCGGCUGCUGCCUGAGAUUGAAGCUUCUCAAUAACCAUGAGCCGUCCUCCGAGUCCGACUCCAGCACGAUGGUUUAAGGCGCUGCGCAGGACCAGGCUCGGGGACUCCUGUCUGAAGACGUAUCCGCUGGAAAGCGUGGAUCUCCUGAGGAGGGCUAGAGUCGCCUUUCAAGCUGGACGUACCCUGAAGGAGAACUUCAGACUGGCUCAGCUGGAGGCUGUGGUGCAGAUGCUGGAGGAACACGAGUGUGACUUUGUGGAUGCACUUGGAAGGGACCUCCAUAAGCCUCGGUUUGAAACGGUUGUGUCUGAACUGAUCCUGGUCAAGAAUGAGGCUCUAUAUGCUAUUAACAACUUAAAGAAGUGGAUGCAGCCACAGAAAGUGGAAAGGAACCUGUCCACCACACUGGACGACUGUCUGGUGAUCAGUGAACCACUGGGAGUGGUGCUUAUCAUUGGGACCUGGUGUAGUCCUGUACAAAUGUGCCUUGUGCCACUGGUCGGGGCCAUUGCAGCAGGAAACUGUGCAAUCAUCAGCCCCUCCGAGUCUACUGUGCACACAACAGAGCUUCUCCAUCGUCUAAUUCCCUUCUACUUGGAUAAUGAAUGCUUCCAUGCGAUUCUUGCAGGCAUGAGUGACUUGCCUGAAGUGAUUGAGCUCAAAUUUGAUCAUGUUUUCUUUACAGGAAACAAAGAGGAUGGAAGCAAAAUUGCUCUGGCUGCUGCCCGCACACUCACACCCGUCACCUUGAUUCUGGGAGGGAAGAACCCAUGUUACGUGGACCAGCACUGUGACAUUUCCACCACUGUGCAGCGCAUUGCUUGGGCACGUUUUCAUAAUGCUGGACAGAGUUUGGUGGCUCCUGACUACAUUUUAUGCCACACAGAUGUCAAAGCUCGGCUGGUGCAGGCCCUCAAGUGCUGCCUGAUGGAGUUUUAUGGCUCUAAUCCCCAAGAGUCACAUAGCUUUGGCCGGAUAGUCAAUCUAGAGAUCUUUAACCGUACUAGAGAUAUAUUAUGGAGAUCUGGCAAGGUGGCUGUGGGUGGGCACGUGAUAGAAGCAGAGAAAUAUAUUGCUCCAACAGUUUUGACAGAUGUGGCUGAAUCAGACCCCGUCAUGCAAAAGGAGAUCUUUGGUCCAGUUCUUCCUAUUUUGACUGUAGACAAUGGUGCCAGUGGAAUGGGUUCUUUCCAUGGCCGCUACAGCUUUGAUACCUUUUCUCACAAGAAAUCCUGUCUGCUACGAAGCGCACGGUUUGAAUGUGUGACCUACCUGCGCUAUCCACCCUUCGAUGACCGCAAUCUGUCUCUAAUGACAUGGGCCAGCAGCCUUUCCCAGAAAAGCCAGGGCUGGUGCCAGAUUAUGUGACUGUGUGGGAGGGUAAUGACAGCCAUGCUGGAAUGAAACAAACUGCCACUUUUGUUAUGAGCAGGCCAUGGAAGACAGAAGCGCAUUAUUAUAGAACCAACAAGAAUGGAUUUCUAUGGAGAAAAUUGUUAACUGUAUAUUAACUUGUCUAAAUGUAUGUUUGAAACUUAUAGAAAACGUAUAGGACACAAAUAUUUUGGAUGUACACUGUUUAUUGUGACCUGUGAUUUUUACAUUAAAUGUGGGGAAAAUGCAUUAAAAUAAAAAAUCUAUGUAUUGUAUUUACAGUUUGAAUAAAGUAUAUGCAUCUCAAAA